AUGAAUCAAAUGGGCAACUUCAGGGUUAUACGAGGGAGGGAAGGUUUGCAAUUACUCCGCUCGGCCGCACUUGACGCCGCAGCGUACAAGCAGUACAAGCUGAUAAUAGCCUCGAUUUCUGUAAUGCGAUUAUCUAGUGCGGUUGUAAUCGCACUUUUUGCCGAGCGUCCGAUGUCGCGCGAACGGGCGCUAGCGAGCCGGGUUCGUUUCCGGCGAAACGGAAGCGAGCGCGGCGCAGGAAAUGCGCGAGAUUGGGCGAAAAUCGUCGACGCCCGCGCCCCGCGCCCGCCGGCGAUCGAUUGGCAA